GAGGGAUAGAGAGUUAGAAACAUGGAUGAGAGAGAAACAUCCAUCGAUCAGCUGCCUCCUGCACGCCACCUACUGGGGAUGUGCCCGCAACCAAGGUACGUGCCCUUGACGGGAAUCGAACCCGAGACCCUUCAGUCCGCAGGCAGACGCUCUAUCCACUGACCCAAACCGGUUAGGCUGUAAGUUAUUUUUUCAAUAAAAUUGACAUUUAAAAAAAGAAAAAAGCUGGUUCCCGCACAGCAGAAGCUCCAUCCAGGGUUCCAGAGAGAGAUGUAUCCAGCUACGCCCUCCAGCACAGCUCCGGGAAAGACUAUCCCUUCCCGGUUGAAUUGCUGGCGCCUCCGCUGAAAAUCAGCGAAACUUACAGGAGGGUGCGGAGCCCAGCGGCGGGACGGAUGAGGAUGCGCGGAGAGUUCCCUGGGGGCUCCGGCCGCUGUGCGCGCGGCUGUUUGUUAAAUGACGGGCUCUCUCCGGAUUCCUCACCAGCUGCCGCCCCCUCUCCUGGCCGCGGGACAAGCCAUCCUUCUGGGAACAGGGCUCUCCUCUCCGGGGACCCACACGGGAAGGGGGGACAAGAAGAAGGCGCCUCAUAACAGCUGCGGGGCAGCCGGCGCGGCGCGAUUAGGCGGUGAGAGCCCGGAGGGAGUGCUCCGAGGACCGGCCCGGGCGACCCGCGCCCGCCAAGCAGCCACAGCGAGGCCAGCCGCCCGGGGUGACGGGGCCCCGGAGCGCACGACGCGCACUUCCCCCUGCGUGCGGGGCGGGCAGCGGGUGGCGGGUCCUCGCCGCGCUCUGGGCCGCCCUGCGCGGGCCUCUCCUCCCCAGGCCCCACCGCAGCGCACCGCCGGCUCCCCCGGCGCCAUGAACCGCAGCCGCACCAGCACCCCGGACAAGGCCGGGACAGCCAAGCUUUGGGGCUGUGAGUUAAACCAGGAGAAGCGGACCUGGACCUUCAAGCCGCAGAAGGAGGGCGAGCAGGACUGUAAGGUGUUGCUCAAUACGAUUUGCCUGGGGGAGAAAGUCAAAGAGGAGAUGAACCUCGUGGAGAUCCUGCCCCCAGCAAGCCAGGAGGACAAGAGGACGAAGCCCAUCAUCGUCGCCUCGCUGCAGGCCUCUGUGCUGCCCAUGGUCACGAUGAGCCUGGAGCUCUCUCCUCCAGUCACUUUUCAGCUGCGGGCUGGCUGGGGACCCGUGUUCCUCAGUGGCCAGGAACGUUAUGAAAUUCCAGACCUCUCCUGGGAGGAAGAGGAGGAGGAAGAGGAGCAGCAGUCAGAGGAAGAAGAUGAUGACGAUGACGACGAUGAUGAUGAAGAGGUGUCCCUAGAGGAGAGCCCUGUCAAAAAAGGCAAGAGGCUGGCGUCCCAGAAGCAGACGAGCGUGGCCAAGAAAAAAAAAGUGGAAAAAGAAGAGGAGGCAGCAAGACCCAGUCUCAAAGGCAAGAGCCCUGUGAACAAGGCCAGAUACACCCCCAAAGUAAGGAAGCCGGUACCCAAGAAAUGAGAAGCCAGGAGUGCAUGGCCUCCGUGAUGGGGGAGGGCCUGCCUGGCCACCAUGCACCGCGGGCCUUCCUGGGAUGCACCGUGGGCCUAGGGAGUAUCCCCCCCGGCCCUCAACCUGAGUCUGAAGGUGAUGGAGCUGUUGGGGGGCAACACAAGAGCCCCUCACCCCAACUCACUGGAUUCAGCAGGACCUGGAGGGAAGAACCCCAACCUCAGGGACACAAUAAAGUUUGCUUUG